UAUUUUAUAUUUUAUUAAGUUUUCGCCAUGGAUUUUCAAUGUUAGUCAUUCAUGGUAGCUUGGGCGGGAAGAAGAAGAAGGCCCUUUUCUCCAAAACCCCGCACUCUCCCAACCUUCAAACCCUAGCUUCGAUCUUCCCCCAUUCCUCGCCCUCUCCCCAACCACAGCCCUUCUGCAUCUCCUCCUAAUGGCGCGCAGCAAGGAAGCGCUGGUUCUACUGCUCGAUGUUGGCCCUUCGAUGCAUAGCAUCCUCCCUGAGGUUGAGAAGCUUUGCACCAUGCUUGUUCAGAAGAAGUUGAUGUUUAACAAGAACCAUGAAGUUGGGGUUGUGUUGUUUGGAACUGAAGAGACCAAAAAUGAGCUGGAAAAAGAAGUGGGAGGAUAUGAAAACGUGUUUGUUUUGAGGGAUAUUAAAGUUGUGGAUGCGGACGUGGUUGACAUUCUACAUAAUAUACCAAGAGGAAAAUUUCCUGGUGAUUUUAUGGAUGCUAUUGUAGUUGGCAUAGAUAUGCUGAUAAAAAAAUUUGGGGAUACAAACAAAGGAAAGCAAUGCCUCUGCCUUGUGACAAAUGCACAAUAUCCAAUUAAAGAUCCAUAUGAAGGGACAAAGGAAGAUCAAGUUGACAAGAUUUCUUCAAAUAUGAAAGCUCAUGGAAUAAAAUUUGAUUGUGUUGUUAUCAGGGAAAACCCAGUUAGAUCUGCUGGGAAAAGUGUGAUUGAUGAGAAUGAUCAUCUGUUGAAUCAAUUUUCAAAGAAUACAAUAUCAAAGAUUGUUCAUGUAGACAACCCAUUAGCACUUGUAGGUGCUCUUAGGACUCGAAGCAUAUCACCAGUUACAGUUUUCAGGGGUGAUCUUGAAUUGGGCUCAACAAUGAAAAUUAAGGUAUGGGUAUAUAAAAAGACAUCUGAGGAGAAAUUUCCUGCUUUAAAGAAGUAUUCUGAUAAAGCACCAUCAAGUGACAAAUAUGCUACUCAUGAAGUGAAAGUUGACUUCGAAUACAAAAGCAAGGAAGACCCUGAUAAAGUUGUUCCUCCAGAACAAAGAAUUAAGGGCUAUCGUUACGGGCCACAAGUAAUUCCUAUAUCAUCUGCAGAAUGGGAUUCAGUGAAAUUGAAACCUGAUAAGGGGGUAAAACUUUUAGGAUUUACUGAUUCUUCAAACAUAAAGCGGCACUACUAUAUGAAAGAUGUGUAUACUUUUAUUCCUGAACCUGGGAACAGAAAAGCCAUUGUAGCAGUCUCUGCCAUAGCCCGAGCGAUGAAGGAACUGAACAAGGUUGCAAUUUUGCGUUGUGUAUGGAGACAAGGUCAAGGAAGUGUUGUAAUUGGAAUACUGAGUCCCAAUGUCUCUUGCAUGGAUAAUAUUCCAGAUUCAUUUUACUUCAACAUACUCCCUUUCGCUGAGGAUGUGAGGGAGUUUCAGUUUCCUUCCUUCAGCAGAUUCCCUGCAGCAUGGCUGCCAAAUGCACAUCAGCAAGAAGCAGCUGAUAACUUUGUUAGAAUGCUAGAUCUUGCACCUUCAGACCGAGAGGAAAUGCUUAAGCCUGAGUUUACACCAAAUCCUGUGCUAGAGCGUUUCUAUCGCUAUCUAGAUUUGAAGUCGAAGCAGCCAGAUGCAAGUGUUCCUCCUUUGGACAGCACCCUGAAGAGGAUGAUUGAACCUGACACUGAUCUUCCUUCCAAAGAUAAGUCCGCCAUUGAUAACUUCCAUAGUCAUUUUGAGCUAAAAGAAAACCCAAAGAAAAAGAAGCCAACGACACUAGCGUGGAAUGAGAAGCCAUCAUUAACAGACAAUGAAGCUGGUGCUGAUGGCAGAACAUCUGAUAUCCAGAGGAACUUGAUUCAAGACUCAUCUGUGGUGAAGGUUGAAAAGAUUGGGGAUUCAAACCCCAUUCAAGAUUUUGAAGCUAUGAUGGCUCGUAGGGACAACCCAAAGUGGAUCAUGAAAGCAAUCCAAGGGAUGCGGGCAUACAUUAAUGAUCUGUUAGAAAAUUCUUAUCGAGGGGAUACUUUCCCCAAGGCAAUCGAAUGCUUAGCAGCUCUUCGUAAAGGUUGCAUUCUAGAACAGGAACCUAAGGAGUUCAAUCGAUUUCUCUUUCAUCUAUAUGACAAGUGGAAGACCAGUGAUCUUCUGGAGUUCUUUAAAAUCCUUCCAUCUAAAAAUGUUACAUUGAUUACCAAGACAGAAGCAGCGGACAGUGAUGUUACUGAAGAGGAAGCAAAAAACUUUCCUCUCAAGCCUGAGCCAUCUUCAUAGCAAAUGUUUGUGUAUUGUAAAUCAAACCAUAGAGUUUCUAACUAUUGUUCGGUCUUCUAAAAUCAACUGAGUUUAAUGAACGGUGUUGCUGAGGAUCUUGCUGGCACUGAACUUCAAUGAGUCAUUGAAGAGGUCUGUUGCCCUACUACGCUCCGUGUUUUUUUUGUGACUUAAUUAUCUUUUGUCAGUUUUAGUUCUGUUGUAUGGACCUGAAUGAACUUAACUUAUGUAAGUGCUAUAUAUUUGUCACUUUUGUAAAUUAUGAAGGUUACCCUUAUGUAUCUCAGUGUGUAUGAGACGAGUGAUGAAGCUGCUUGAGCAGUGUAGCAUUUUCUUUUGACCCUUUCA